GACGAAUGCGUAUUAGUCAUAAUGUAGUAAAAAAUACAUUCGCAACAAUUUUCGCAUUUCACAAGCAACGUUUUAAACAAUUGUGUUGCAGUAAAAAAUUUAUUGAUUGUGAGAUAGAAUAUUUGCUGCCUAAAUAAGUAAUAUAUUUUUUUAUUUGGAAUAUAAUUAUUAAUCGUGUCUAAAUGCUCGCACAAAACUUUUGUUUAAAUUGCAAUAGGAAUACAUGUGAAAAUUCCAAUUUUCUGUGCGAAAAGUGUGAAAAUGAGCAUGAAGGAUGGACAGAGAUGGACAAAACAGAAACACACAAUAAAAGAGACAAGAAAGGAAACAAGCUGCAAAGAAAGUGUAUUGUGAAAAUAAGAAAAUUAAAAAAUGACUAUCGAAUGCUAAAGAUUAUGCAACGUGAUAUAGAAAACUUGAAGAAAAGCGUAAUACGUUUACAAAUAGAUAUGGAAAAGGUUCAAGAUAAUGUAGAGUGUUUAAAACAAAAUCAGCACAACGAAAAACUAACAAGAAUUACAAAUAAAAAUAAACCCCUAAGUACAAGUACACCAGUUAAUAAGCCUUCAGGUAGGCCUCAGUGUCGUAAUACCUACAGGGACGUUGGAGACCCCUUCAGCCCCAUUAAUCGAAAUUACAGUAAUAAUAUGUCUUCACGUGUUUGUUCCACUUCAACUACAAAAGAAAAAUCAGAUUCAGAAAGUGAUAGAGAUUUAAGUUCUACUGAUGAUAAUGUUGAAGAACAUUCUGUUAAUAAAUUAAAAAAAUUCUCAGCUCACUCAGGCAUACGUAUUGAUGAAAAGAUUCCUGAAUCAUCUAAUUUUCCACUGCUUAGUUCAACAUUUUUAUACAUACUUGCUUUAAUGGCUGUUACUGUUGCAGUAAGUUAUCAAACAUUCUUCAGUUACUCUUCUGACCCUACAGUAACACUAAGUAUAACUGAUUUAAAGAAUAACUUUCCUCACCAACGACUAGAUACGUGGAUUGCCAUUGAGAGUGGUAUUCAUGAUAUACAGAUAAUGAACAAACCAUCAGUUUUUCUAAUUAUUUAUGAUGAUCAAACACAAGAUGUGUUAAAUAAGUUCAUAAAAGAUGUUUCUGUGUUUGCCAGCUGUACUUUAAAUGGCAACUGCAGUGUUAAUCCUGUAGAACUUAAAGGAGAAAAGUUACAUGAUUUACAAAUCCAAGAUUACGGAAUUCUAAUAGAUAAAUAUCAUUCUCAGAUACAACAGAAAAGUGUAAUGAUAAUAUAUAAUUUAGAAGAAGUUCCAGCUGAAUUAGCCCAAGCCUUUCAUGUAUUUUGUGAUGAAUAUAAUCCUCUUGUUAGAAAGUCAGCCUAUUUCUUUACCAUGAAAAUUAAAAAUGAUGAAGGAAGCACCAUUUCUGACAUUGAAGGGAUAUUGAGACAGAAGUGGUACUCAUUGAAAGACGAUUUAUUUGACCCUUUGUUUACCAGAAUUUCUAGUAUGAUCAUUGUAAUACAACCCGAAGAUAGUUAAAACAUUGUCUUACUAAAAUGUACAAAUCAUAUACAUGUAAUUUCAUUUAAUAUCAUUUGUAUUAUUUAAUAUAAAAUGAUUUUAUUGUAACGAUAAAAAACAUUUUUGUACUCUAAUAAAGUCUUGUUUUCAUGAUUGA